UGCCGCCAGCAGCGGCGUGUCGCCGAUUUCGUCUUUGCCGACAUCCAGCAAGUGCAGCUCGCCGGACCGUAACAUGCCCCGGAAGUGUUGCGUUUUGCACUGCAUUUUCCUUGUGAUAUGGGAGAUCGCAACGCAGAGACGACCAGAUGCAUACGAAAGACUACCAGCGGAGAGUGACCUGUGCCAUAUUUCUCUUAACCUCUCAGGUAUUCAAGAAAUGGCAACAUCCAGAAGAAGACGCCAUCUUAUCCAGCACGUUAUGGGUACACUCUGGUGGCUCCCGCCCCUGCAUCCUACCACCACCGUGUCCUCACUAUGUUCACUAGGGAGUUCGAAGCCUUUGGCGGCUCCUGCCACUGCGUCCUGCGACCACCGUGUCCUGACUACGUCCACUAGGGAGUUGGCAGCCUUCGUGAUGAUGCCAAGCAGGCUGGAAGCCGACAGAAAGAUUGAGGUUGCCUCGAAAUUUUACCCAAGCCGUGCCACACACUUGGGCCAGGCCUCUUGCAAACGACGUAUAACCAGGCUGAACGCAUGAUGUCGAGUGAGUCCGGAGAUCGAGGCAACCUGCUGUGCAACCAGCAUGCAACCUUUGGUGACCCUCUACAUGUUCCACCUAUUUCACAGCUGCACUCAGCUUCCACCUAUCCAAACCGCAUCACCAGCUGUGGUCACUCAUCGAACCAUGGAUGAAUGUUGGGGUGGAGUGAUCUGAAGCGACAUUCUUUUCGUCUCUUCAAAUCCUUAGCAAAUACUUGUGUUAAUAUAAUUAAUAUGUGUCUUUAGUGCCUAGUUUUUAAUGGUUCCUUUCAAUUAGAAUUCUCGCCAUCGAUUCCUGCUAUUAUAAUACAUGUCUGUCUUUAUGCUCAGUUUUUCAUAGUUCUUUUGUACUUGUCUAUGUAAUUGAUAGGUUCAUACUUCUUGUUAUACAGAAGGCUA